AAAUUUUAAAUCGAAAAAAACCAAAACAAAAACCAAACACUGAAUUUAAAAUAUAAGUAAAUAAAAAAGUCUGCAAUAUUACAACAUGUCGAUUUAUCGUAUUUCUACUACACGUAAAAUGCCCGAAGUUCAGAAAAUAAACGCUUUGUUGGCCUCUUACGUUCGUUUUAUAUCAGCCGAUUCCAGUUUGCGUGACGUUUUAGCUGCUAAGAUUCCAGCUGAACAGGAGAGAGUAAAGAAUUUCCGUAAACAACAUGGGUCGUUUAAAAUGGGUGAAACCACUAUCGAUAUGAUGUACGGCGGUAUGCGUGGUAUUAAAGCUCUGGUUACGGAAACUUCAGUUUUAGAUGCUGAGGAAGGCAUUCGUUUUCGUGGUCUAUCCAUACCGGAAUGUCAAAAAGUGUUACCGGCGGCUGACGGCGGUGAGGAGCCUCUGCCUGAAGGUCUAUUCUGGUUAUUGUUGACUGGUGAAGUGCCCAGCAAAGCUCAAGUAAAACAAGUUUCACGCGAGUGGGCUGCACGUGCUGCUUUGCCACAACAUGUAGUGACCAUGUUGAACAAUUUUCCCACUAGCUUGCAUCCCAUGUCACAAUUUUCGGCUGCCAUCACUGCCCUGAAUCAUGACAGCAAAUUUGCCAAAGCCUACUCAGACGGUGUUCACAAAUCAAAAUAUUGGGAACAUGUCUAUGAAGAUAGCAUGGAUUUGAUUGCCAAACUGCCAGUAGUAGCUGCCACCAUCUACUGUAACACAUAUCGUAAUGGAAAAGGUUCGAAGUCAAUCGAUUCGAGCUUAGAUUGGUCUGCUAAUUUUGUUAAGAUGUUGGGUUACGAUGAUCCCAAGUUUACAGAAUUAAUGCGUCUAUAUUUGACCAUACACAGUGAUCAUGAAGGUGGCAAUGUGUCAGCUCACACGGUACAUUUGGUGGGUUCUGCUUUAAGCGAUCCCUAUUUAUCAUUUGCCGCUGGUAUGAACGGUUUGGCCGGACCUUUACAUGGGUUGGCCAAUCAGGAAGUGCUGGUCUGGUUACGUAAGUUGCAAAAAGAAGCUGGUAGCAACCCAAGCGAAGAGCAACUGAAGGAAUAUAUCUGGAAAACACUGAAAUCCGGUCAAGUAGUGCCUGGUUAUGGUCAUGCUGUAUUGCGCAAGACCGAUCCUCGCUACACCUGUCAACGUGAAUUCGCUCUCAAACAUUUACCUAAUGAUGAACUUUUCCAGUUGGUAUCCAAAAUCUAUAAAGUUGUUCCACCCAUUCUUCAGGAAACUGGAAAAGUUAAGAACCCCUGGCCUAAUGUGGAUGCUCACUCCGGUGUUUUAUUGCAAUAUUAUGGCAUGAAGGAGAUGAACUACUAUACGGUGUUGUUCGGUGUAUCGCGCGCUCUCGGCGUAUUGGCUUCGCUUGUUUGGGAUCGUGCUUUGGGUCUACCCAUCGAGCGUCCAAAAUCGUUAUCAACAGACUUACUUAUGAAAAUGGUUCAAAAGUAAACGCGCUUUAUAUGAAAACACGCCUCGAUUACCAAAAACAAUUUAGUACUAUCUAUCAAUUGCUAUAUACACCACAAACCAGUUAAG